CUUGGCAAGAAAUUCGUGUUAUACUUUCGCAAAAAUUCAAUAAUCUUUGCAGAAUAAAAGCUAGAUAUUUUAUGUUAUUAACGCUAGUAUUAAAAUGUUUAUAUUCCAUUAUAUUUAGGCAACUUAACGGUUAAGAAUAAUAACAAUUAAUACGUCUUACGAAUAAGUAUUACGGUAUAUAAGAGUUAAUCAUGACGGAUAAAGUCUUAUCUCUUGGUCAGCGGGUUAUUCUCGUUGCUAAGGACGUAAAAGGGACUGUGGCGUAUGUUGGAUACCCGACUUUCGCUUCGGGAAGAUGGGUCGGAGUGAUACUGGAUGAACCUAAGGGAAAGAACAAUGGUACACUACGUGGUCAUGCUUAUUUUCGUUGUGAAGAGAAUUAUGGUGUGUUUGUACGUCCAACACAAAUACAACUUUUGGAUGGAGAUGAUAACCCUGUAGACAUGACAACAUCUACUGAGGAACCGUCUAUACUAAAAUCAUCUAGCAACCGUCGACUUAGCAGUAUAACAGUCGCGCAGAGAUCUAGGCCAACCACUGUGCGGAGGAAGGCGUCACCGGCUCAGACAAAGGCCGGUACAUUAUCAAUGUCGAGCUCCAGGACGUCUCUAGCGAGUAGUCGACAGUCUCUAACUUCGUAUACAUCACCGACAACUGAACGAGCGACGUCACCGGAUCUGACAAAGAGAGCGUCGUUUGUUGAGACUAAUUUCGUGGAGACGUUAACCCCUCAAUACACACCGGGUCAGAGCCUCACGUCUCCACAACCAGCUUCUAAUGCUGUGGAAGACAAGCUGGCGAACAUGCAAGCACAGCAAGAGAUAACAAAUCUCAAAUCCGAAGUGGAAGAUCUUAAAGAGAAGCUGGAGACGUUGAGAGUGAGACGCGCAGAAGAUAGGGAGAAGAUAAGAGAGUUGGAAAGACUGCGUCUACAAUUGGAUCAAGCGAAUGAGUUCAAGACCAAAAUAAUGGAGUCCAAAGCUCAAUUGCAGAGAGAUUUACAAAGAGCUAAACAAGAGGUCCGUGAAGCCCAGGAGGCUUUAGAAGCACAUAAUGAAGAAACAGCAGAACUCCAAGAGGCAGCAGAGAUGGCUGCACUGGAUAAGGAGAUGGCGGAAGAACGUGCUGAAGCUUUGCAGAUGGAACUGGAACAAUGCAGAGAUAAAUUAGAAGAGGCAACAUUGGAUUUGCAACUUAUGAGAGCUGAGAUGGAAGCUGGAGGGAAUAUACAACACCCGUAUGCAGUGGGCGAGGGUGCGACAGGGUACGAGAUGAGAGCCCUCCAGCAACAGAAUGUCAGGCUGAGAGAGACGCUGGUGCGUCUGCGCGAUCUCUCAGCCCAUGACAAACAUGCUAUGCAGAAAAUGCAUAAGGAUUUGGAACAGUAUAAAUCAGAAAUAGCAGAACUGAGUCGUACUAAAGAGAAGUUAUCAGCCAGAGUUGAGGAAUUGGAGGCUCAGGUAGCUGAUCUCAGGGAGCAGGUGGAUGCGGCACUUGGUGCUGAAGAGAUGGUGGAACAGCUUGCUGAGAAGAAGAUGGCUUUGGAAGACCAGGUGGAACAGCUGAAGCAGGACGUGUCAGAGUUGGAGGCGCUGCAGGAGGUGCAUGAGCAGCUGGUAGAGUCUAACAGGGAGCUAGAGAUGGAUCUGCGCGAGGAGUUGGAGAUGGCUCAUGCAGCUACCAGAGAGGCUGUACGUGAAAGAGAAGCAGCAAUGGAGACAAUAAUGGAUAGAGAUGCGACAAUUGUCAAGUUCCGGGAACUUGUUCAUAAGAUGACGGAACAAUACAAUGAUUUGAGAACACAAUUGGAUAACAAACAAGAAUCACCACCACGACCAGAACAACAAGAAUCCAGCCCAGAAGUCAGGGCCUCGCCCCCGGAGCUGGGGACAUUGGUGCAGGCGUCACGCGCCUCCACACGCUCGGUAGACCUGCAGCUCAGGGCAUUAGAGCUGGCGCAGGCGAAGGCGCGAGCGGACAUGCUGGCCGCCUGUCUACCUGAUCACUUCAUGUCUAAUGCUGGUGAUCACGACGCGAUAUUGCUUAUUCUGUUAUUACAACGUUUGAAUACAAAAGCUGAUAUAAUUUUGGGACAAAUACGUGAGAAGUUCCCAGCAGUGAACGUGUGGGACAGAGAAGUGAUAACAAAGACGCAUACAGCAGUCCAGUACAGCUUCAGAUGUCAACUGGAAUACCAGUUGCAUAUGAUACAGUGUUUAGUCAGCAUGUGGUCAGGAGCACUGGAGACGUGUAGUCCGGAAGUACUGCUGCGUGCUGCUGGUGCGCUGCCGGACGCGGCUGCGCAGGAGCGAGCACUGGAUGCACUGACUUCACUGCUCAGGACCAAUGAACUGGAUGAGAACUGCGCUCUAGAUGGAGUGGAGCGUUGCUGGUCGUACUUAGCAGCGAUGUGGUCAGGACUUGGUAUGGGAAGUAGUGCGGCGAGGGAGCCAGUGUUACGUGUGUGUAGCGCACUGGAUUCACUGGCACGGGCAUUACAUGCGGAUGCCAGUGCACUGUCGCAUGUAUUACAGUCGACAGAUAAGCAACACGAGCUGGGUCAACUACACGAAUUGAUACAGAACAGCAGCUCCGCUCUGCAGCAGCAGCUGAAGAGUGUCAGACGACGAUUACCUCCUGGUGCCAGACUGGAUAAUGUACCAUUGGACCUACAGUUAGUAGAACGUCUGCGUAGUGAUUGUGCGACGACAUUAUGGAGGUGCAGUCGUGCGGUUGCGCUCGCAGCUCGUGCUGCCGCCGCGUGCGCCGCUACAGCUGGAGACCGCGGGGAGGGAGCGCCGCUCACAGCACACGCUCUCUCUGCUGUAUGGGCAGCAGCCACUGACAAGAUGUAUCAACAGGAUGACCACGGUCCAGUUCGUACGAUACGUCACGCGCUCAACGCGGUGUCAUCAGAUGUCAACAAAUUGGCAGCAUUCACACAGGACAAUGAAUACGAUAUGAUGUCACUCACCAAUGUACAACAAGAUAAGCCGACUCCACCAGUGGUACUGCGUGCUCAGUUAGUCAAGAAGCAAUUAGAAGAGACGAAGACCCUCACCAUCAAGUUGGAGAACAAAGAGGCUGAUAUUAAAGAACUCAAGAAAGCGCUUAAGGCUAAACAAGAGGAACUAUCAGAGAUGCAGAUACGUCGCGAGCUGGGUGAGCGCAAGCUGUCAGCUGCAGCCAGCGCGGCUGAGCUGCGCGCGGAGCAGCUGCAGCGGAAGCUGGAUGAUGCUCAUAAUCAACUCAAGAGGAAGGAGAAAGAGUUUGAAGAGACAAUGGAUCAUUUGCAACAAGACAUCGAGUCUCUGGAGAGUGAGAGAGGCGCGUUACGUGAUAAAUUGAAGUUGUACGCGAAACGUGGUGGUGCACAUCAUGCUGCGGUGUCCCCACCAGCCUCACUGCGGGAGUUCGCACCGACUGUCACAACUCCGCCCGCGCCGAAAGAGGACAAACAGGAGACACCAGUGAAGGUGGCUCCAGGGUACGCGGCUGAUGAAGUCAACGAGGCCCUGCAGAGACAGAUCAAAGUACUCAACUGGACAAUUGAACGUGAACGCGCAGCUCGUUUAGCUGCGUGCAAGCGUGCUGAACGUAGUACAGUGCGAGCGUUACGUCCGCUUUACAACCCGGACUCAGCAGCGGCUGUUGCGAGGAGACAGGCCGUGCACAACUUGGAGAGACGACUCCAACAGUUGCAAUCGGAAUGGACUCUAUCAAUAGCCCGGUCUGGUCUGAUCAAGUUACCAGAGAAGAUGGUCGACUAUCCCAAAGUGGUGCAGCAACAUAAAGAGAGACAACGAGAGAUUAGGCGGCAACUUGAGGAGCGUUUAGCAUCUCUACAAUUGGAGGCACGCAACCUACUCUUACUGUACAGACCGUGGCGUUGCGUUGAAGCGGACUUUGCUGAGUUCCCAACCACAGAACUCGCUGCAGCAAUGAAUCCAAAGACGGUAGAUGUUGGUACACUCAAGUUCCCGGCGUCUGAUGAUUUUAAAGCUGACACAGUUUAUGUCACACCUACACAGCUCGCUGAAUUACGUGAGCUGGUAACUGAGUUACAAUCAGAAGAUGUUAAAGUGGAAUUAGAUUUAAAGUUAGAAGGAUGUGCGGCUUAAAGCAAAUUGUAUCUUAUAGAUAUUGAAAUAAGGUGCAAUAUGUACGAAUGUUUACG